AUGUCUACACCUGCUCUCAUCGGAGAUCUAAUUGAUCCAUCUGCCUGGUCAGAAAGCGAAAAGCUGACCAUGGACAACUACCAUAUCUGGUCUCACAAGGUCGGUCUCAUGCUGCGUCACCACCAACUCAACAAAUACAUUCGAAUCAAAGGUGCUGCAGUGGAAUGUUUGGAGCCUCUGACAACCGAAGACCUUGAGAACCUCAGCCUAGCAUCCAGUUACAUACAGCAGACGAUGACACAACCCCUCCUCGUCAAAUUCGUGAACGGCGAUGCUGAAGUAAUUCACAACUCGCGGAAACUCUGGAAGAAGCUCGCCGAUUCGCAAGAGCUGAUUCCGAAAGGCAAGGCGGCUUUCGUUCGCUUCCACCUCCAAUUAGGGAAUCUCCGACUGAGAGACUUUAAGGACCCUGCAGAGUUUGUGGAGAAGCUUGCUGAGGUUCAGAGCAUGAGAAAGGCAACCGGGGUGAAACUGACCGAUGAUCUGGAGAACAUCGUAGCGUUAGUGAGACACUUGCCCAGAGAGUUGGAGGAGGUAGGACUGAAGUGGAGAUUAAGUGACUAUGAGGGUUUGACUGCGGCUGAGGCCCUGAUGCAAAUCAAGGCUGCGCAAGAGGCGUAUGAUAAAUUGCCUAAGGUCGAGCAGCCUAGAGAGCCUAGACGUCCUGAGAUACGUCGUGGUUAUGGGCGGACUCGCGGCGGGGAGAGGCGAGGGUUCGAUCGAAAACUCGAUGGGCGACGAGGCGGAAGGGACAGACGAUAA